CAGCGCACGUCUCGUACAUCGUGUAAAGACCGGGCUCCCCAACGCUCAAGGAGUAGCGAGUAGUAGCGACCCCAUGUCUCAAGCCAGGGCAGCCCUCCAUUCGGCUCCGCACGUCGGCCUCCACCGACAUGAUCGUCGCCGCCCUAAGGCCUACCCGGCGGCGGCCGCCAGACACGCUUUAUCAGCCAGCGUUUCCACCGGCGGCGGCCACUGCAACCCUUCUGGCAGGGUGGCCAGAAGAACUCGCUGUUAUGCGACCGCCGUAGACGAGGCCCGGCAGGCGCCGCGCGCGGCGGUGCUCGGUAUUGGCACCGCGAACCCGGCCAACUGUGUGCCGCAGAACGAGUACGCCGACUGGUACUUCCGCGUCACCAAGAGCGACCACCUCGCCAAGCUGAAGGCCAAGAUGAAAAGGAUUUGUCAUAACUCGGGAAUCAAGAAGAGGUACUUCCACCACACGACCGACACGUUCCGCGACCAUCCGGAGAUCGUCGACCGCGCGCUGCCGUCGCUCGACGCGCGGCAGGCCAUCCUGGCGCCGGCCGUGCCGGAGAUCGCAGCCGCCGCGGCGGCGAAGGCGAUCGCGGCAUGGGGCCGCCCCGCGAGCGACGUCACCCACCUCGUCCUCGCCACCUACUCGGGCGCGCACAUGCCCGGCGCCGACCUCCGGCUGGCGUCGCUCCUCGGCCUCCGCCGCUCCACGCAGCGCACCAUGUUCUACCUCGGCGGCUGCGCCGCGGGCUCCGCCGCGCUCCGCGUCGCCAGGGACGUCGCCGAGAACAACCCUGGCGCGCGCGUCCUCGCCGUCUGCGCCGAGCUGAGCCUUGUCCUGUUCCGCGCGCCGCGCGUGGCCGACCCCGGCACACUCGUCAUGCAGGCGCUGUUCGGCGACGGCGCGAGUGCCGUCGUCGUCGGCGCCGGCCCCGAGGGCUCCGGCGGCGUCGAGUGCCCGAUGUUCGAGAUAAUGUCCGCCUCGCAGACGGUGAUACCGGGCAGCGAGGACGCCGCCGCCGGGCACCUCGGCGAGGGCGGCCUCGCGUUCUGCCCGUCUCCGAGGAUGCCAAAUCUGGUGCGCCAGCACGUCGAGGAAUGCCUCCUCGACGCCGUUUCGCCGCUCGGCCUUGGCGGCGGCUGGAACGACCUGUUCUGGGCGGUGCAUCCUGGCGGGCCAGCGAUCCUUGACGGCGUCGAGGCCGAGCUCGCGCUUGCGCCCGGGAAACUUGCGGCGAGCCGGCGCGUGCUGACCGAGUACGGGAACAUGUCUGGCGCGUCGAUGAUCUUUGUGCUCGACGAGCUCUGGCGACGCCAUCGCCAGGAGAUGGAUGGGAGGUUGGGGGUCAUGCUGGGUCUCGGGCCGGGUAUCUCUGUCGAGACCAUGGUGCUGCGCUCGAUGAGUGGCACGGAGAAGAAAUAGCAAGGCAUUUCUCUUGAAAACACGAGCAAGGCGUCUAUUGUUGGUCCCCUUUUUUUUUUCGCCAGACGAGUUAGAAAUGUGGUAUGGUAUGCUCAUUAACUGGAUCAAUCCGUUGCUUUUUAUCUAGAAGAAAUAAUACAUUGCUAGUACGGAUAAAAAAUAAUUGGGAACUAUUGGAAAA